AUGACAUCCGCAGAUGAAGAAAACUCAUAUAUCGAUUACGAAACUUUCCUCUCUCCUACAUUUUCCCCUUCAUCAUUCGCAAACUCCCUAGUUCUGGGGACAAAUAACCCUACCGAUACCCCCCUCGACCUCUCCACACCUCUCUCUCGUGUCCUUUUCGAUGCGCAAGAAAUAAAUACCCAUAUAGAUACCCUCACAACGAAAAGCGCUCUUUCUCUCCUAUCGCAUACUCAAGAUCAGACUGAAUCGAGCCAGAGGAUAGUACAAGAGAUAGACUCGCAAGUCGCAAGUCUCAAUGAUGGAUAUAAACGACUCGAAAAGGAAGUGUUAGUACGAUAUGAAACCGCAGAGGAAGUCCAGACUCUCGCCAGCAGGUUAUGGGAAACCGUUAGACUAGGGCGAGUCGUAGCACGAUGUUUACAAUUGGGAAGACAACUUGAGAUUCAACUAUCUGAGAUUGGGAAUACGGGUGCGCCUGUUAAAGUUCCAGGAGCGAAGGAAGAUCACAAGGCAUUGGUACGAUGUUCAAAUACCCUUCUGAGUAUACGAGAGCUUCUUCAGAAAAGUAGCUUGGGGGAAGAAGGUUAUGGUUUAGAAAGAAUAGAGGUGGUGCGGACGCUUCAAACUUCCAUCAUCAAUCCCGCAGAACGAGUCGUACUUUCCAGAUCACAGCAACUUAUCCGCGAAUUCUCAAUGAGUAAUUUAUCAUCUAGCAGCAAUAUAUCAACAUAUACGCAGACGAGGGAUACAAAAGAGCGCACAGAUUCGGCCCUCAAAACUUUAUACCUUCUGUCCUCUACAUCAGGACUUAAUAGCAAGAAUGCGAAGAAAAUACGAUGGGAGCCGGAUCUCCUCAUUUUAUCGCUACAGGACUACCUUCGUACUGCUCUAACUAGCUCAUUGGCCUCUCUGUCUCGCGCCCUGGCUACACUUCCUACACUCGAUCGUACUCUCCUCGAAGUAUCCGCUCGAUGCCAAAAUAUUCUGGCUCUAGAAUCACUACUUGCAUCUAUGCAGCCUCCGCCACAUCCGAAUUUACCAUCUGAAGAUAUGGCGCCCACCAAUUUUUUACAACCUCUUCUCACAUCUCUGGAGACUGGUUCAUUACCGAGUUAUUUUUGGAGAACUUUGGCAGGCGGAUUGACUACAAAAGUACAAGAGAUUGUCAAUAAAGGUGGUGUUAGCGCCAGGACGCUGAGGAGUAAUCGUAACAGUGUUAGAGACGCAAUACGGGAAUGCGUUGUGAAAGGUAGCAGGGCGCCAGCUGGAAUAACUGCUCUAAAAAGCGAGAAUAAAUCGGAUGGUAGCUGGGAACGAGAAGUGGCAGUAAUGGUCGGAAGUGUUAUGGGUCCACUAGGUCGUUGA